AUGAGCAGCAUGAGCAGCAGCAGCGGUAGCAGCAUCAAGUCGCGGCUGCAAUAUGCGCGCCAGAAGCUGUGGAGGCGAGGCAGCGCAACGUCGACAGCAACCACAGCGACCAUAGCGACAUCAUCAGCAACAACGGCGACACGUUCCCUUGCCUCGUCCGGCAGCGAACGCCCUCCUCCUCCUGCUCCUCCUCCUCAUCAUCACCAUCAUCAUCAUCAUGGGCUAUCUCCGGGCGGCGGUCACAGCCUUCGGAAGAGCAUUUCCAUGUCUAGGCUGGCGGCCACGUCGGACAGUGAGACGGAGUUUCUGGGAGAGGGCAGCAGUCCGGAUGCGCGGUUGACGAGGUCAGACGUCUUGGGCACGGCCACAGCAACGGGACCCACCAAGCCACCGCCCACGCCUGCGCCGCCCACAACCAGCCCCAGCCCCGGCCACACCACCAACAACACUACUACCUUCACCCCCACCACCACCACCACCGCCGCCACCACAGACAUCGGCCCGCCCAUUAUUGGCAUCACCACCCCGUCCUCCGCUUGCACCCCGUCUUCCUCCACCUCCACCUCCACCUCCACCUCCACCCCCGCCUCCUCCUCUCCCUCCUCCACUCCCGCCAACACCCAGCAGGAGCAGGAGCAGGAGCAGGCGCAGGAGCAGCACCAACACCAGCAGCAGCAGCAGCACCCCGUGUGCCCCGCUGUCACCCUUGAGGAGCCCACGCCCAUCCACGCCGCUCCUCAGCUGCAGCCCACCGUUGCUGUCGCCGCCCUGGACAGCCGCGUGACAGCGCCGUCGCCCUCGUCUGCGGCCUCUGCUGCGUCCACGCUGUCCCCCACCCGCCGCCGCCGCAGCAGCAGCAACAUCCAUUCCCCGUCCCCGUCCACGAGCGCCGCCUCCGCUACAGACGUCGUCAUAGUCACCCCCCCGCCGCCACCGCCGCCGCCGCCUAUUGUCCGUCGCCAGUCGGUCGCAAACACUUCGGAUGCCAGGCUAAUCAAGACGCUCCUCGCGCCCGACAUCCCCCACUCUGCCCUGGCCACGGGCCUGUCAACCACGGCUGUCGACGACUAUUUUGGUCCAACAGCAGCAGCCGCGGCCGCCACCGUCAGCCUCUCCGCCGGCAUGCUGCAUCGCAAGAUCUGGGUCAAGCGGCCCGGCGCCUCGGCCACGCUGGUGCAGAUUCGUGAGGACGACCUGGUCGACGACGUGCGCGACAUGAUUCUGAAAAAGUAUGCAAACUCGCUGGGCCGCUGCUUCGACGCCCCGGACGUGACGCUCAGGGUGGUGCCGCGCGAUGCACAGCGGGCGCAGGACCGUACUCUGGGGCCCGAGGAGGAAAUGUGUCGCACCCUGGAUGCCUACUAUCCCGGCGGCCAGCAUGUCACAGAGGCCCUCAUCAUCGACGUGCCACAAAAACGGACGCCCAAGCCUUCGCCCCGCGUACCGCUCUACUACCCUUACCACGACGAUGCCACCAACCACCAGACCGAGUACUUUCCCCCCAUGCCCGUCAACAACAAUACCAACAACAUCAACAACACCGCCUCGCCCGCUGCCUCUGGCUCCUCCCCCAACGAAGCUCGCAUACCACUGCCCCAUGCCCCCCACUCCAUUGCCGUCAUCAGUACGGGACAGUUGCCCGCCUUACCCUCGCCUGGUAGUACUCGCCGAGGGCCGCUCCACUCGCAUCGCCCCAAAUAUCAGCGCACCCAUACCGCCUCGCCCACCAUCAUGGCCGGCGGCAUUCCCUCGUCGGCCAGCACCAGCGCCCCCCGGCCCGUCAACCGGCCACGCAAGGACUCGUCUGCCUCGGAAACAAAGCACUCGGCCACGUCCAACAACCCGAUUCCCACUCCACCCGUCACUGCCGAUCCCAUGGCUCGCCAGCAAACACUGCAGACGUCGACACCCUCGACGCCACGCGUUGCCUCGCCGAUACUCAAGGAGAAGAGGCGGAAGAAGAGGCAACCGCUCGAGCCGCCCACGCUCCCCGCCGGCCUUCUCGAUGGCUCCGUACCCCCGAUCAACGUACUCAUCGUCGAAGACAACAUCAUCAACUUGCGCGUCUUGGGAGCCUUUAUGCAAAGACUCAAGGUCCGCUGGCAACGCGCGAUGAAUGGCAAAGAAGCCGUGACCAAGUGGAAAGCAGGCGGUUUCCACCUGGUGCUCAUGGACAUUCAACUCCCCGUCAUGAAUGGCCUGGAAGCCACAAAGGAGAUUCGCAGGCUUGAGCGCGUCAACAGCAUCGGCGUCUUCAGCGGUGGGAGCAGCGAGCCAUCACACAAUCGCGUGGACGACCAGGGCAAGGCGCAGGAGGAGGUGGUGGCCGAUGAUCAAUUGGCCGACAAGAACAUGUUCAAGAGCCCCGUCAUUAUUGUCGCGCUCACGGCUAGUUCACUGCAGAGUGACCGACACGAAGCCCUGGCCGCGGGCUGUAAUGAUUUCUUGACCAAGCCGGUGAACUUUGUCUGGCUCGAGCGCAAAGUCAAGGAGUGGGGCUGCAUGCAAGCCCUCAUCGACUUUGACGGCUGGCGCAAAUGGAAGGACUUUGCCGACAAGUCGGACAACAACGAUUCCACAUCCAAGCUCAGCGUCAGCUACCACAGCAUCGCGCCGAGCAGCAAGAAGACGGCCAGUGGCAGCAGUCCCACGACGGCCAAUCAUCCAGACCUGGUGAAUGGGGACAAGGACGCCAAGGACAAGGAUAAGCGGGCUAAGAGGAAGAGUCUGAGUGUGCUGCCGCCUGUGCUUGUCGAAGAGGGCGAGAGUCCGCCGUUGGGGGCCGAGGGGGGGUAG